UUUCGUUAUAUCUUUCAUUCUUUAGAAAUUAGUGCAUAUCGUAUUCUUUCAGGGUUUUUAACCACAAAACAACGCAUUUAAUCCGUUCAUAAUGUAUUACACAGUUGUCUAAAGGUUUUAAAGGGACACUACCCUAAAAUGAAAAUUGUGUGGCCAUUUACUCACCCUCUAGUUGUUUCUCUGUUGAACACAGAGAAAGAUAUUUGAAAGAAAUUUUCACAUUUUUGGAGCAACUUGAGGGUGAGUUUAAUGGGUGAACUAUUCCUUCACGUUUUAUUGUUCAAACGACUGCAAUAAUUUAUAGAUACACAGUGAUAUAGUAGAUCAUGAUAUAGAUCGAGAUAAUAGUGAAAUUGAAGUGAUCUUUGUUUGAUUUAUGCAAUCUUUUUAUGUCUAGCACGGUCACAUUCAAGGUAAAUUAACUGUAAUUAUUCAUUUAUUAAGGAAUAUUAUUAUUGAAGUGCAGCUAAUGUGCAGAAUGUGUGUGUGCGUGAUCUGCAUAGUAAUUCAAUAAUUCAGUAUGAUAUGCAUUGCAUAAACUAUUAUAUUUGACGUGUUAUGUUACAUUAAAUUUUUCUUAUCAGUUUGAUGUUACGCUUUGCUAUUGAAUUUACUGAGUUUAAUUUGACACUUUCCUGUUUGAUUAUUUCUGUUCCUGUAAUUGACUCACUCUAAAAGAGUGAUUGAAUAAAAUGUUUAAUAACACAUUCAUUAAAGUGGUUUUGUGAGUGUAGGUGGCUAUCAUGCUCGGAGAAGCUUUCCUUCAUGUUCUGAACUGCAAAUAUGACGCCAGGAAUCAUGCUGAACACAAUGACACACACUCACGCAGGCCCAUCAACCGCCCCGAACCUGGUAUGGCGAACGCUGCUGCCAGAUCAUCUCUGACACCACAAAGUGUGAGAGCUUGUAGGCCUGUAGACCCUGAAAAGCCAGGACCUUGCCGGGCCUCUGAACCCAGCAAUGCUGUGCCUAUUCGUCGCUGUGGUGGGGAAGAUCACCUGGGCAUGACGUUGUAUUGCUCCUGGUGCUGUCCCAGCUUCUAUAAAGACUAUCCGGACCUCCGACUAGCAGGCGACCGGCUGGAUCAUUGGAGUCCUCAUAACCCAGACCCUCUUAGCUCAGAGGACAAGGUGCCAUUGCUACAAUCUCUGGACCUGAGCUCUCUGGAACCUUCUCAGGAUCAAAAUCAACAGGUAAAGGCAGAAACACAGCAGGAUGAGGGCUAUCUUGUUAUGGAGAGUGCUCAGGGUCCUGGUUGGGAGAGGAGGCUCACCAACUCCAUGUUGAAUGGUUAUCUGGAGAUCCAAAUGCUGGAGGUGUUUUGUCAGCACAUGCACAACAUGGCUUGCUGUGGAUCAUCAUUGCCUGGUACUGAUGUCAUGCCAACACUGGUGUCCACCAGCCUGACAGUACCGAAAGAGCACAGCACCAAUCGGGAAGAGAUGGCCAAAAAUGUUGUGCGGUACUUGAGCACUUGUUCAGCUCCGGCCACGUCCCAUUUCAGCUCACCUGUGCUGCGUAUCUCAGAAGCAGAGGAGCCACCCUCGUAAACACACGCACUCAUCAUGAUAACGUCAGUCCUGUUCUCAUUAAAUUCCCUCUCUUGGUCCCAUGUAUUUUUACCAAAACAAAAAUCAUUUAGCAAUGGCAUGGGGAACAAUGUGGAUUACAGCAGAAAAUCACUUGAACUCAUUAAUGGAGAUCAUUUUAACUGGGAAAAAUUGUUAAGUGUUUCAACAAAAAUGUAUUUCUGUGUCCACAUUUGCUUUUAGUAAAUGCCUUAUUUAAAGUGGAAAUUUGUCCUAAGUGCCAACAGUAUUCAGUUCAGUUCUAAUUUUGUAUUUAUUUAUAGCACCUUUCAGAGUUUUGCACUAUUGCAAAGCAGCUUUACAGUGAACAUGUAUUAGGACAGACAGUAUGACGAGAGUAAAAAACAGGAAAUUAUGAAACAUACAGAAUAGAUAAUUUUAUUGCAUCUUUUUCUUUAUAUAUGUGACCCUGGACAACAAAACCAGUCUUAUGGGUAAUAUUUCCAAAUUUAGAUUUGACAUCAUCUGGAUUUACAUUGUAAUGGAUGUAUGAGUUGUUAGGAUGAGACAAUAUCUGGCGGAGAUAAAACAGUUUAAAACUCUGGAAUCUGUGGGGGCAAAAAAAAAAAAUAUUGAGAAAAUUGCCUUUGAAGUUGUUAAUCAGAGGUGCUGUGGCUGGUCAUCCGCUCGAAAAAAUAAAGUUUUUAUAUAUUUAAGGCAGAAAAAAAUAUAUGAUUUUUGGCAUAAAAGUAAAAAACUCUAAAUUUGACCCAUUCAAUAAUGUAUUUUUGUCUUUUACUAUAAAUGUUCCCAUGCUACUUAAGACUGGUUUUGUGAUCCAGGGUCAUAUAUGAUGAUGUACAUUGAUAAAAAUAAAAAACCAAGUUUGCAACUGGACCUUUAUAUUCAUAGAGCUAAUAAUCAAGUGCCUGUAUAAUUUGUUAAACAAGAUGUAUUAGUACACAAUGCCAAGUUUAGUACGUGCAAGAUUAUUACACAAACUAGUGCAGAAGUGAAAUGCAGAUAGGAGAGAAAGAGAAGAGAAACUUUUACUGGUCCAGUAAACACUCAUUAAGUGUAUCAUAAUAACCAGUAGCCACCAAACGCUAAAAAGCUUCUAUCAAACCAGAGGGGACUUGUAGAGAAACCAGAAGCACAAUUUCAACAUUAUGACUCCGUCUUUUUUCUCCUUACUUAUUACCUCCCAUCCUUUCUUUUAUUUUCAUUUUAAGUUUUACUAAACAGUAUUACCACAGUUUGUUCUAAGAAAAGAGGAACCGACCUGUCAUGCGUAGAUUAUGUAAGGACGUUUACAACUGUUACUGCUUCCUUCAGUCCUGUUCCUGUUGAUUGAAUGUUGAUUGAAACGUCAUCAGCAAAUAUCCUGUUUUCUGAAUGUUAAUAAUUAAUACAUCUAUAUUGUGAUUAUUUUAUGAGUUAUUUGAGAUAAAAUAAGAAUGAAGUUUAUUCAACGUGAGAGUGGACAAUUACUCUUUUUUUGUUAAAUCGCACCACCUGCUGGUGUUAUUGAUACAUUACACUGGAUGUAGAUUACCAGGGUUCGGGCGCCCUCUGCUGGUAUCUUUCAGAACGGCCUCCAAUGUCUCCACGAUGGGUUAUGUCAUACUGGCCAUGACAUUGUCAUUCACUCUGUGCUCUAAGACUUCAUUUGUUUCAUAUGAUUUCGAUGUUUACAGCUAAAUGCAUUCCCUUUUGUAAAGUAUGUGUUAAAUUAAACAUCAUAUAUGAAUAAAGUAAUGGAUUGGUA